AUGGACAACUCCAGGGAUGCACCAGGGAAGGCGAGCCGGUGGUUUGGGGUCGCGCAGUCUAAAUCGGCCAAGACGAACGUAAAUAUUCUUCACCAAGAGGAGCUGAUAGCACAGAAAAAGAGAGAAAUUGAGGCCAGAUUGGAGCAGCAGGCAAAACAGAAUUACCCGAGCAUUCAACAGCUUCCUCUGUUUGGAGAAGAUGACGGUACUGACAGUGAAGCCUGUGUUUCCAACAAGUUUGUUAAUGAUGGCAGUUUCCUCCAGCAGUUUCUCAAGCUGCAGAAGGAAAAGUCAAGUACUGAACCUCCCCCAAGUUCUACCAAUAACUCGGCAAACGCUUCUGCACCAAAUGCUGGGAAGAAACCUAUGUUAUUUGGGAAGCGGCCCGGUCAGGUCCUCAGCAGCAUGCUGCACCAAGCAAAGAACUACUCCCAUUCCAAACAGACCCCAGUCGUUAACCGCCUCAGUGUGUUUCAGUCGCCAGAUGAAGAUGAGGAGGAAGAUUAUGAGCAGUGGUUGGAAAUUAAAGUUUUACCCCCAGAGGAUGCGGAGACCCGACAAGUGACGGAAAAGCUGGCUAGGUUCGUGGCUGAAGGGGGACCAGAAUUAGAGAAGCUCGCUAUGGAGGGCUACAAGGAUAACCCAGCUUUUCGGUUUUUGCAUAAUAAGAACAGCAGAGAAUUCCUUUACUACAGAAAGAAAGUGGCUGAGAUCAGAAAAGAGAAUCAAAGUUCUCAGGCCUCCUCUUCUCAGAAAGACGACGAAGAGACAAAGAACACUGCUGAGAAACUGGCCAGGUUCAUAGCAGACGGGGGUCCCGAAGUGGAAGCUAUUGCCUUGCAGAACAACCGCGACAACCAAGCUUUCAGGUUUUUAUAUGAGCCAAACAGCAACGGCUACAAAUAUUACCGGCAGAAACUGGAGGAGUUCCGUAAGGCCAAAACCAGCACCGCGUGUGCCCCCUUGCCUGCAGAGUCCAGUCUGAAAAGGAAGAGCAGUCCCGAGGCAUCACCUCUGUGCUUACCAACCACUGCUGCAUCAACAACUACAGCUGCUGCCGUGGGCACUACCAAAAAGAAGCGGAAGAGCAGGUGGGGGCCGGAGGAGGACAAGGUUGAAUUGCCCCUCCCUCAGCUCAUCCAGCAGCUGGAUUCUCCCUCUCCACUUUCAGUUCAGGACCUCAAGGGUCUUGGUUAUGAAAAAGGGAAACCUGUUGGUUUGGUGGGUGUGACAGAACUCUCCGAAGCCCAGAAGAAACAGCUGAAGGAACAGCAGGAGAUGCAGCAGAUGUACGAUAUGAUCAUGAAGCACAAGCGAGCCAUGCAGGAGAUGCAGAUGAUGUGGGAGAAGGCGAUUCAGCAGCACCAGCACGGUUAUGACAGCGAUGAAGAGGUGGACAGCGAGCUGGGAACGUGGGAACACCAGCUUCGGCGCAUGGAGAUGGACAAGACACGAGAGUGGGCUGAGCAGCUGACCCAGAUGGGCCGGGGGAAACAUUUCAUCGGAGACUUUCUUCCACCCGACGAGCUGGAGAAGUUCAUGGAGACAUUCAAGGCAUUGAAGGAAGGACGUGAGCCAGAUUAUUCUGAAUACAAAGAGUUCAAACUGACAGUGGAAAACAUAGGUUAUCAAAUGCUAAUGAAGAUGGGCUGGAAGGAAGGCGAGGGACUUGGCUCGGAUGGACAGGGGAUUAAGAACCCAGUCAGCAAGGGAACCACUGCUGUGGACGGGGCUGGUUUUGGCAUCGACCGUCCUGCCGAGCUGACCAAGGAGGAUGAUGAGUAUGAAGCAUUUCGCAAGCGGAUGAUGCUCGCCUACCGCUUCCGACCAAACCCCUUGAACAAUCCAAGACGACCUUACUACUGA